AGGAAGUGAUAGAGAAACUAAAGAAGGGGAAAGAAGUCUUAGAUGGCGGGGCAGCAGAUGCAGUCCAGCUCCGGGGGAGCCCAGGACAACGACAUUUUCGACAAGUACACCUGCCCCAUCUGCCUGGAUCUCUUCGACACCCCAAUCAGAAUGGUCUGCGGACACGUAUUCUGUACAUCAUGUCUGCAUCAGUGCACACAUAAUAAGAACUUAAUGUGCGGCGUGUGCCGGAGAAAGCUGAAACCUGAAAGCAACGCUUUUGAUCUGACAAAUCAAAUGGAAAAGAUUGAGGCAUCAUGCAAAGGCUGCAAUAAAAAAGUGAAACUUUCAAAAAUGCGUGAACACUUCGCUGCCUGUACCAAAUAUGAUAAAUAUGUCAUGAAUGGAAUUAAGGCUGUCAAAAAGAGCCACUCCCAGGAAACUGGUGAUGUCCCAAACCGCUUCACCUUUACUUGCCCCUACUGCCAGGAACAGAACCUUGCUCAGGAAGGAUUAGUGGAUCACUGCAAGAGGUUUCACAUGAGCGAUCCAACGCCUGUGGUUUGCCCAAUCUGUGCCUCCAUGCCAUGGGGAGAUCCAGGUUACAGGAGCGCCAACUUCAUAGAGCACAUUCAUCGCAGGCAUCGUUUCUCCUAUGACACCUUUGUGGAUUACAGCGCCGAUGAAGAAGCAAUGAUGAAUGAAGCAUUAGUGCGGUCUAUUUCAGAGAACUGAGCCUUCUACGGAUUGGAUCAGAAGCAGAAAUUCCUGCGUGGUUGUGCCCACCGUGGCAACUUGGCAAUAGCCUUUCAACAACUUCCUCCGUGUUAUUUUUCAUUUCGUAUAU